AUGGACUCAGUUGCACCAUUCCAAGCCCGAAAGGCAAAAGGGAGAGGCAAGUCAUGGAGUAUGGAGGAGACCAGAGAUCUUGUUCUUCUCAGGCAAUCCAUGGAUGAGGUAUUCAAGAAGUCUAUACACAUAACACAAAUACCUCUGUGGGAACAGAUAUCUGACAAGAUGAAUUCCAAAUAUGAAUCAAUCAAAUCACAUCGGUCCCCAACUGCAUGUAAAUCAAAGUGGAAACAUGUUCGCCAUGAAUACAGAAGAAUGAAGGAAGAAGGGAGAUCAAUUGAAGGUUAUUUCAAGGUAGUCCAAAACAUUCUUGAAGAUUAUCAACUGGAACCUGCACCAUCAAUGGACAGAUUUCCUGUGCCAAACCCACAGCCAGCAUAUGAACCGGACAUGAUCCAAGUCUAUGAGACUGAUAAUCAGCUUCCUGGCCAAAUCAAUGAAAUGGAUUACCCACUUGGAGAUCAGAAGGCACUUGUGGGUUUUGGUUCUACAUUUGCCUGUUCCCAGCAAAAUGAAUCUGGGACCUUGCCAGGCAUUGGGACUCAAUGUUUUCAGCCUGUUAAUGGGAACAGUAUGCAGAGGAGUAUUACAGUACACAAUGGAAUUGUAUGUAAGAGUGUUUUCAUUGAUGAAUCUGCCACAACCCAAAGUAUUGAGGAAGCCAUUAGAGUGGUGUUUCAGUUGGGAAGUUUGGACUUUUACUUGGAAGACCAGGAUGAGGUUGUUAGACCAGUGGAUAAGAACAUGCCUACAAAUAAAGUAUACAAGCUUCAUGUUGUGCAAAACCUCUGUAAUAGCCAUGUUUGA